UGGCUGCUCGCUCCGACCAGUCCGCCGCUUCUAUUCGAUCAACAAACACGUCGGCCGUGACCAAGCGCUUUGCCGCGAACAAUAAAACCUCACACUCGCCUGAUCGGAGAAACAUUCAGUGAGCAUCAGUUUUUUUUAAAGUGUAGUGAAAAUUAUUAUUUUUUCCAACUGUGACAAGUCAGGCGGGCGGAGGCUCGGGUGGGGCGCGUUCCGCUGACACAGUGGCUCAGUCAGCCGCCGGACGCCGAGUGGCAAGCACCAUCGAUUUUCUCCAAACGGCUGUACGCGAGUAAAACCAACAAUGCAUAUUGAAGUACAAGUCGCACUUAACUUUGUCAUAUCAUAUCUAUACAACAAGCUACCGAGACGGCGGGUCAACAUAUUCGGGGAAGAAUUAGAAAAAGCGCUUAAAGAUAAAUUCCGGGGUCACUGGUACCCGGAUCGGCCGUGCCGGGGGUCAGCGUUUCGAUGUCUGAAAACCGGCGGUCCUUUAGACCCAGUUCUGGAGCGAGCUGCACGAGAAUCUGGCGUGCCGGUCCGAGAUGUACUGGAACACCUUCCACGGGACCUUGCUGUUUGGGUCGAUCCAGGCGAGGUGUCGUACCGUAUCGGCGAGAAGGGUGCGGUAAAAGUGCUGUUUAGCAGCGACGAACGUGCCGCUGACGAAAGGACCGAUAGAGAGGUAACCCGUGCAUUUAACCCGGAAGCGCAGUGUUUCCGGCCUGUGGAGCCAGUAGCGGCCCCAUCGCCGCCCGCGCCUGCGGCUUUCUCGCCCGGCCCGCCCUUCCGAGCGCAGCCUCUAACCUUCACAACUGCCACAUUCGCGCAAACCAAAUUUGGAAGCACCAAAUUGAAAACGAGCAGCAAACGCGCCAACCGCAUGUCACCCACCGAGUUCAGCAACUACAUCAAGCAGCGGGCGGUACAGCAGCAGCUGGCAGCGCGCGCGUUGUCGCCGGCGACGGACCCCGCGGCGUACUUCAUGGCGCGGCGCGACGCGGCGCCCGGAGCGCCGCCCACGUCCUACGCGCCGCCAGCGCACUUGCUGCUAGCCAACUGAGCCGCGCCUGCGCGCUAGCCGCCCCGCGCGAUCCGCUCAUAGAGUCUUUACUUUUUUACGAGAGAGACGCGCGCCGCGAUUUAUUUUUUUAUUUUCCGCGGGGGCGUCCCGCGCCGCCCGCCGCUUGUGAUAUCCGUACGAUUUUCCAUAACUUUUUGUAUUCUCGUUCGUUACGUCGAUGUGUAAAUUUAUCGAUAGGAGCAAUAAUCGGCCGCGCGACUCGCCGGCGAUUUAUUUUCGUACUAUUUAAAGCCGAGUCGAAUUUUUGAUGUCUUCGUUCGAUAUCGAUAUAAUAUUCGUAGUGUUUAAGGGAGCGAAGGGCCGUGAGGCCGCGUGCGCUUACGACGACGUACCUUCUAGAGCGAGCCUGUAUACAUACGUCCUCCGAUCUAAAUAAAUACUGAUAUUUAAUUAUGUAUACAUAAAUAUAUAUUCGUACGCGAAUUAUCUAAUUUUUCACGUGGAUACGAAAGGCCAAUAGAGAAAUUACGUAUUUUUAAUAUUGAGAAAUAAAUUGAUACUUUCUAAGAAUAUAGCGUACUGAUAUGUAUUGUACUCGUGUAUGUAAUAAAUGUUUGCAUAUCCGGUCGGACGCGGUCGGACGGCGCGGCGGGCCGCCCGAAGGCGUCGGAGAUCUCACCUAGUGUAAUCAUCACUUGUACGAUUGUACCCUUAUAAUAAUUAUGAUAUACAUAAAAUAUUAUAGGAUUAGCUACGUUUCAAUCUAACAGUAUUUUUUUAAGAAGAUAUUAGUCCUUGUGUACAUUGCCGGUCGAACGCAUCGCGGCGACCGGUCUUAGUCUGUAUGAUAAAUUUAUAUAAUAUUGUUAUAAAAGACAUGGAUGUGGAUAAAUGAUAGAAAAAAAAAAUAUUUCUCAAUUCAUAAACUAACGGGUGCAUGCAAAUUCAUUAAAAUAAAUACUAUGUGUUAUUUAUCUUUUUUAUAUUUCACUCGGCAAUUGUGUUCAGUGUUUCAAUCGAGGUCGACGUUAGCGAUAGGUAACUGUGCUUAGGUAUGCGGGUAGGCAGCUUGUCGUUGGUUGCGACACCACCUGCCGCCGGAUGUUCACGUCACGCGUCAUGACGUCACUCGUGUCGGCUCACACGGCCAGCCGGGUUCAAAAAAUUCAUACAUUUGAUACAUUUAAUAACUGUUAGGAUAACUACGUUCAAAUAUAUUAGAAUAUUAUAAAUGUUGUGUUAAUAUAUCGCGGCAGGCGAGUCGUGUGGACCGACACCCCCAGAUGCACAACAAUGACAAGUUGUAUACGGAAAUUUGCAACUAUUUUUUUACUAUUUUUAUAUUUUGAUUUAGAUUAAGUCUAGUUGUAUUAUUUCAGUACAUUUAAUACGUAUUUUAUGCCCUAUUAUUAUUAAAUAAAUUACGUAAUUAUAGGAACUCGAUUGAAAAACUGGCCAAAAAGGUACAGUAUUUUGUAGAUAAAAUCUAUAAUGUAAGAUUAUAAUAUAAAAAUUAGUAUAAUGAGAUUUUUUAUUAAUAAAGAUACUUUUUAUUUUUCUUUCUUUUGUAAGAUAUAUUUGAUGGAAGUGUUAAAGAUAGUAUAUUUGCAUAAUAUAGUUAAAGCGGUUCUCCUGUCCGCGAAUAUAAUUAGUCAAUAAUAAUUUUUCAUAUUGUUGUACGACUUUUUAAGUUUAUAUUAAAAUGUUUUGUGCAAUCUACAA